AUGGCUCGCUUUAACAAGACCAACGCACGAAAGGCUAGCAGAAAUCCACAGACAGGUGAAAACCCAGGCUACCUUUCUAUGCAGCAAGAAGCACGAAACACUGGAUGCCGCAAUCUAUGGCAUUCGAAUUCCCAGCUCCGCCACCAGACAGUCCAGUUUGUGAGUGCAGGCAACCUUGAACAGUCUCAGGAACAUAAGCCUGCCUCCAUAGCCGAGGAGCCUUCCAGAAACGGGGAAUCUCACAUGGGGGGGGAAACAUCUGAAUUAAUUCCAAAUGACUUCUGCGGAUAUCAGUCAGACUCCAGCCCAGCCAACGAAAAUGUGGCAAUGACAGGAAGCCCAGGACUUCCUGUUCGGCUACGUCCUCUCUCCCCUACAGAUUCGAGCGAGGAUGAAGUCAUCUUCCGGGGUAGGCGGACGCGAAGCAAACCACCGUCAAAUUGCCACGUCGACUCACGAAGCGCCCCAAUUAAUGGCGGCGUGCUUGCAGAAAUCGAUGGUGAGCCACCAGCUUAUACGCAGGCGCCUAUUACAUCUACGGAUUUGUCACCAGACGAUGCAUCAUCAGUUGCUUUCGGCGAAGACACUCCCGAUUGGAUAGGAAUUAACGGCCACUCCAAUCGCAAUAAAAUAUCAGACGAGGAUGAUGUCUUAGCUGACUACAUCGCACACAUACUUGAAAACGAAUCAGAGAUUGACGGCUCCUCUUCAGCCGAGGGACGACAUUUUGAACAUGGAACUAUACAGCCCAUUUCGCAGAAUGUGACUCGCUCCUCGGUAAGCGAAGAUGACGGAUCUGAUCAUCACGGCUCCUCACCAGCGGAGGUACUAGGGGAUGCACAUGCCACGCCCUCUGGCUUAUCUCGUUCGACUCGAAAAAAAUCUAAAAAGAGCAUAUUUGCCUCGGCAACUGCCUUUACCGAUGCACUGGAACUCGAUCCCUAUUAUGGGCUAGAUGUCAUGGAUUUCAGCAGGCCAAGCCUAAGCAAGAAGAAAUAUAAAAAACACGCACAUUGCAAUUUUGAAGCCGUUGAUACGGAGCUGGAAAAUGAGCUGGUAAAUGCCUGGAACAACGAUCGCUUAAAGAAAAAAGCGAAGAAGAGGGAACGGGAAGAUCUUCGAGUUCAAGGACUCCUAGGCCGACGCAAGAAUGAUCCGGACUUAAAAGCCAAGUAUGUGAAUGGUAUAGACAUCGAGGAUUUGAAAUCCGAGAUACGGUUGUUCCUUCUUUCACCAAAGAAUAGCUUAUCACUCCCUCCGAUGACCAAGCAUCGCAGAAUGCUUAUUCAUGACAUGGCACAUUCCUUGCGCUUAACCUCACAGUCACGCGGCAAAGGCUCCUCCCGCUUUCCUGUUCUGUCAAAGACGUCACGGACACCAAAAUAUACGCAUAGGACAGUAUCGCAAAUGGAACGGGUGUUCUCAAAGGAAAAGUUCAGUUCUCGCGCUUUAAUGGCAUGGGACAAAUCUCGCAGUCGGCCGGAUAAAGCUAAGCGUGGCCAUGGAAAUGUCUCUUACGUGGAUGGUGACGUCGUCGGUGCUUCAGCACCCGAAAUAGGUGCGGGAAACAAAGGAAGAGCGAUGCUGGAAAAGAUGGGUUGGAGUACAGGAACCGCUCUUGGUGCCAUCAAUAAUAAGGGCAUCCUUUUGCCGGUUGCGCAAGUAGUGAAGAACUCGAAAACUGGAUUGGGUUAA